UGCCUCUGUCAUACAACCAGGAAGAAGGUUGGAUAGCUCCGCAAAGCUAACAACCUCAAUCUUUCUGCACACUCUCCGAAUUUAAUAAUGGGGUCUUCUUGGUGGAGGCUGGCGGCAGUGGUUAUCUCAGUAGCGGGCUCUUUAUUACCAGUUGGCGCGGAUGAGCACGACCACACGUACACGGACCGGGAGGAAGUGGUUUUAUGGAUGAACACCGUGGGGCCUUACCACAACCGACAGGAGACAUACAAGUAUUUUUCUUUGCCCUUCUGCGCGGGCUCCAAGAAGACCAUCAGUCAUUACCAUGAAACCCUCGGAGAGGCUCUGCAGGGCGUGGAGCUGGAGUUCAGCGGCCUGGAUAUUAAGUUCAAAGAGGAAGUCUUGCAGAUAAUGUACUGUGAAAUUGAGAUGGACAAAGCAAAACAGGAUGCUUUUGUUUAUGCCAUCAAGAAUCACUACUGGUACCAAAUGUACAUAGAUGACCUGCCCAUCUGGGGGAUUGUCGGCGAGGCGGAUGAGAACGGAGAGGAGCAUUACCUGUGGACGUACAAGAAGCUGGAGAUCGGAUUCAACGGCAACCGGAUCGUUGACGUGAAUCUGACGAGCGAGGGGAAAGUCAAACUCAUGUCAAACACCAGGAUUACCAUGUCUUACUCCGUAAAAUGGAAGAAGUCUGAUGUCAAGUUUGAGGACCGGUUUGACAAGUACCUGGACCCGUCCUUCUUUCAGCACAGAAUACAUUGGUUCUCCAUCUUCAACUCCUUCAUGAUGGUCAUUUUCCUGGUGGGUCUGGUGUCCAUGAUCCUCAUGAGGACCCUAAGAAAAGAUUACGCCAGAUACAGUAAAGAGGAAGAAAUGGACGACAUGGACAGAGACUUGGGUGAUGAAUAUGGAUGGAAGCAGGUUCAUGGAGACGUCUUCAGGCCUUCCAGCCAUCCUCUGAUCUUCUCUUCGCUCAUCGGCUCUGGCUGCCAGAUCUUCUCCGUGUCCCUCAUCGUCAUCAUCGUGGCCAUGGUUGAGGAUCUGUACACGGAGAGGGGCUCCAUGCUGAGCACGGCCAUCUUUGUUUACGCUGCGACCUCUCCCGUCAACGGCUACUUCGGGGGAAGCUUAUAUGCAAAACAAGGAGGCAGAAGGUGGAUUAAACAGAUGUUCAUCGGGGCCUUCUUGAUCCCGUCGAUGGUGUGCGGAACCGCUUUCUUCAUCAACUUCAUCGCCAUCUACUACCACGCCUCCAGAGCCAUCCCGUUCGGCACCAUGGUCGCCGUCUGCUGCAUCUGCUUCUUCGUCAUUCUGCCCCUCAACCUGGUGGGAACCAUUCUGGGCAGGAAUCUGUCCGGCCAGCCCAACUUCCCCUGCCGGGUGAACGCCGUGCCGCGGCCCAUCCCCGAGAAGAAAUGGUUCAUGGAGCCGGCGGUCAUCGUGUGUCUGGGAGGAAUCCUACCGUUCGGGUCCAUCUUCAUCGAGAUGUACUUCAUCUUCACGUCCUUCUGGGCCUACAAGAUCUACUACGUGUACGGCUUCAUGAUGCUGGUCCUGGUCAUCCUGUGCAUCGUCACUGUGUGCGUCACCAUCGUGUGCACGUACUUCCUGCUCAACGCCGAAGACUACAGAUGGCAGUGGACGAGCUUCCUGUCUGCUGCGUCCACGGCGGUUUAUGUUUACAUGUACUCCUUUUACUACUACUUCUUCAAAACCAAGAUGUACGGCUUGUUUCAGACGUCCUUCUACUUCGGCUACAUGGCCGUGUUCAGCACCGCUCUGGGGAUCAUGUGCGGUGCCGUUGGAUACAUGGGAACAAGUGCCUUCGUGAGGAAGAUCUACACGAACGUGAAAAUCGACUGACCUGGAGCUCGACGCCGACACGGGGAGCAGACGUGUUCUGAAAGACGGCGGGCACGAGUCCUUUAUUUUAUUUUUUGUUUUUUCUUGCAGAGAUCGAGAGAAUCUCGCUUUGUACAACGUAGUUUUUCCAUUUUCUGAGCGAAAUUCAUUUCCACACGUCGAGGUGAGCGAAGAGGAGCAGAUGUUUGAGGAGCAGAUGUUCGUGCAGCAGAACCCGGAGUCGUGUAGCUCUCUUCAGUGAAGAGGCCGGAGGGCGGUUCUGUCCUUCCAGGUGUUCCUGUUCUCGUUUUCAAAGCCCCUCUUUAAACCCUGACGCCUUCACCGCAGUUCGUUUUGGUUCAGCGACUCGAUGGUCGCGCCCCUCCUUCCAGAGCCAGUCCAUCCAUCCGGAGGUUCAAGUCCCGCUGGUGUUUCAUGUACAGAUCAAAGACUGACAGCAGCCGGGUGCAGGAAGAACCGCUUUUUAAAUGAAUGUUUGAUGUGAUCCCAUUUUCCUGUUUUUUCUUUUUUCUAAAUGUUUGGGUUGAAUGAAGUUA